GAUUGGCUUCAGAUCGCUGAGGGGCAGGGAGCGCUCAGCCUGGGAGGGGAGGAUUGGAGGGUAGAUAUCCCCCCCAGUGGAAGUUGAGCAUCUUCCUCCUCCGUGCCCACGCCUCUCUCUCUGUCUCUCUCCCCUGCCUUGGUUGCAGCUUGUGUCGGGCGGGAAUGAGGAGUGAGCCGGGCCCGGGAAAAGCGGCAGCACGGCCGGCGGAUGGGGCGGUGUGCCUGGGUCACUCCCUGCCCAUCUCGGUGCUGAGGGGUGUCGCCAGGUUCCGGCUCCUGUGUCCGGUCAAGCAGCGGGCGAUUGCUGACACUUGGGUGAAAGGAAGCGGCGCUGAGGCAGCUCCAGGCGAGAUGUGCACUGAGUGUUACACCAACCAAUCCUUUGUCUUCGACGAUGGAAUCGCUGAUACAUACGCGCCCAGACUGUCCCCGGCCGGCGACCAGAACCGCAACAGCGACGGAGUCAUCCUGGACAUCGCGUCCCUGAAGAUGAACGAGCUGGAGACUGAUGUCCCUCCUCUACCGCCCAGGUACCGAUUCCGGGAUUUACUCUUGGGAGACCAGUCCUUCCAAAACGACGACAGGGUGCAGGUCGAAUUCUACGUGAAUGAGAACACCUUCAAGGAACGGCUCAAGCUCUUCUUCAUUAAAAACCAAAGAUCAAGUUUAAGAAUACGAAUCUUUAACUUCUCCCUGAAGGUCCUCACUUGCCUUCUGUACAUACUACGGGUUUUGUUGGAUGAUCCCAUGGAAGGAAUUGGAUGCUGGGGAUGUGCAAAGAAGAAUUAUUUAAACACAUCAUCCACUGAUGUAAUCGACUGGGGAUCCAUAUUCUGGGUCAACAGGACACUGUGGCUGUGGGGCAUUCAGGUUACAGUGGCCUUAAUUAGUUUCUUGGAGACCAUGCUCCUCACAUACCUAAGCUACAAGGGGAACAUCUGGGAACAGAUUUUCCGAGUAACAUUCAUCCUUGAAAUGAUCAAUACUGUUCCUUUCAUCAUCACAAUUUUCUGGCCACCUCUGAGGAAUCUCUUCAUCCCAGUCUUUCUAAACUGUUGGCUAGCCAAGCAUGUGCUGGAGAACAUGAUAAAUGAUUUGCAUAGAGCCAUUCAGAGGACGCAGUCUGCGAUGUUUAACCAAGUCUUAAUAUUGAUUUGUACACUACUCUGUCUUGUGUUUACUGGGACAUGUGGAAUCCAACACUUGGAGAGAGCAGGAGGCAACCUCAGCCUUUUCAAAUCCCUCUACUUUUGCAUCGUCACCUUCUCUACGGUUGGAUAUGGUGACGUGACUCCUAGGAUCUGGCUUUCACAACUCCUCGUUGUCAUAAUGAUUUGCGUUGCUUUAGUUGUAUUGCCUCUCCAGUUUGAAGAACUCGUUUACCUGUGGAUGGAGAGACAGAAAUCUGGUGGUAAUUACAGCCGACACCGAGCACAGACUGAGAAACACGUUGUACUAUGUGUCAGCUCCUUGAAGAUCGACUUGUUGAUGGAUUUCCUCAACGAAUUCUAUGCUCACCCCAGGCUUCAGGAUUACUAUGUUGUCAUCCUGUGCCCAACAGAGAUGGAUCUCCAGGUGCGCAGAGUGUUACAGAUUCCCCUCUGGUCACAGCGAGUUAUUUAUCUCCAAGGGUCAGCUUUGAAAGACCAGGAUCUCAUGAGAGCUAAGAUGGACGAUGCAGAAGCCUGUUUCAUUCUGAGUAGCCGUAACGAAGUGGACCGAACAGCCGCGGAUCAUCAGACAAUCUUGAGAGCUUGGGCUGUGAAGGAUUUUGCCCCGAACUGCCCCCUUUAUGUUCAGAUCCUGAAGCCUGAGAACAAGUUUCACGUCAAGUUUGCAGAUCACGUGGUGUGUGAAGAGGAGUUCAAAUAUGCCAUGUUAGCCUUGAACUGCAUCUGUCCCUCCACCUCCACGCUCAUCACUCUAUUGGUUCAUACCUCCAGGGGACAGGAAGGACAACAAUCCCCCGAACAAUGGCAAAGGAUGUAUGGGCGAUGCUCAGGGAAUGAGGUUUAUCACAUCAAACUCGGUGACAGCAAGUUCUUCGGAGAAUACGAAGGGAAAAGUUUCACCUAUGCGUCCUUCCAUGCCCACAAGAAGUACGGUGUCUGCCUGAUAGGUGCGAAGCGAGAAGACAACAAGAGUAUUUUGCUGAAUCCUGGGCCCCGGUACAUUAUGGUGAGCUCAGACACCUGCUUCUACAUUAACAUCACCAAAGAAGAAAACUCAGCGUUCAUCUUCAAAGAGGAAGAGAAGCAAAAGAGGAAGGGCCUAAGUUCCGAAGGCAUCUUUGGUGGUGCUUCCAGACUACCCGUCCACAGCAUCAUUGCAAGCAUGGGCACAGUCGCUAUGGAUCUACAGAACACAGAGUGCCGCUCAUCCAGUGGGGCCACCUUGACCUUGCCUUCGGAAAACGGAGCAGGAAGUAGGAGGCCCAGCAUCGGGCCCGUCCUGGAGAUCGCCGACACCACUGUCAUCUUACCAUGUGACCUACUAAGUGAUCAGUCAGAGGACGAGGCCAACCCAUCUGAUGAUGACAGCUUACCUGCCCCUGAGUAUGUGAAAGGAUAUCCUCCCAAUUCUCCCUACAUUGGAAGUUCUCCAACUCUCUGCCACCUUCUGCCUGUGAAGGCUCCAUUCUGCUGUCUCCGAUUAGACAAGGGCUGUAGACACAACAGCUUUGAAGAUGCAAAGGCCUAUGGCUUCAAGAAUAAACUGAUCAUUGUGUCUGUGGAGACAGCAGGCAAUGGACUGUACAACUUUAUUGUCCCCCUUCGAGCAUAUUACAGGCCCCGAAAAGAGCUGAACCCCAUCGUGCUGCUGCUCGAUAACCCGCCUGAGAACCACUUUUUAGAAGCUAUCUGCUGUUUCCCGAUGGUUUAUUUCAUGGUGGGAUGCAUCGAUAACCUGGAUAAUCUACUGCAGUGUGGAAUUAUUUAUGCUGAUAACCUGGUGGUUGUGGACAAAGAGAGUACGAUGAGCGCUGAGGAAGAUUACAUGGCUGAUGCCAAGACGAUUGUUAAUGUUCAAACGAUGUUCAGGUUGUUCCCCAGUCUCAGUAUCAUCACUGAAUUGACUCACCCAUCAAAUAUGAGGUUCAUGCAAUUCCGAGCAAAGGACUGUUAUUCACUUGCACUCUCCAAAUUAGAAAAGAAGGAACGUGAGAAAGGCUCAAAUUUGGCAUUCAUGUUCCGACUCCCCUUCGCUGCCGGAAGAGUGUUCAGUAUCAGCAUGUUAGACACGCUACUCUAUCAGUCCUUUGUUAAAGAUUACAUGAUCCCAAUCGCCCGGUUAUUACUGGGACUUGACACUACGCCGGGCUCUGGUUAUCUUUGUGCUAUGAAAGUCACAGAGGAUGACUUGUGGAUCCGAACAUAUGGACGACUCUUUCAGAAGCUAUGCUCUUCCAGUGCAGAAAUUCCAAUCGGGAUUUACAGAACAGAGUCACACAUGUUUUCCACGUCUGAGUCUCAGAUCUCAAUCAACGUUGAGGACGGUGAAGAUGCUAAAGAUGUGAAAGACCCUUGGGCUGGCAAGAGUCAUCGGAACUCUACGUCAAGCGAUCAGUCAGAGCACCCGCUGCUGAGACGCAAGAGCAGGCAAUGGGCUCGCAGACUGAGUAGGAAAGGGAACAGGCAGACCAGUAAAACCGAUGAAAAGAUUAACCAACAGAGGCAGGAACUAUAUCAUCGAUCAGAAAGGCAAGAGCUGUCAGAACUGGUGAAAAACAGAAUGCAGCAUUUGGGUUUACCCACAAUAGGAUACGAGGAUGUAGCAAAUUUAACGGCAAGUGAUGUGAUGAAUCGUGUAAACCUUGGAUAUUUGCAAGAUGAAAUGAGCGACCAUCAGAACACAUUAUCCUACAUUCUGAUUAACCCUCCUCCUGACACUCGCCUGGAACUGAACGAUAUAGUGUACCUGAUACGCUCAGACCCAUUGGCCAAUGUUCAAAAUGGCUCCCAUAGCCAGAAAAGCAGCUCUUUUCGGCUAUUCCCUUCCAAUGAGGCAGCAAGGAGUGAAACGCAGCUAUGAACACUGGUCCUGUAAGACUGAAGACCCACUUUUUGUAUCUGCAAGUUGGCUGUUCUCUCCAAGCACUGGGGCACAUGGCUCCAUCUAUUUUUAAAAAAAAAGCUGCUCUGAUCAUUUGAAGAGAUUUGAAGUUUUCUGAAAGAAGUUUACAGAUUGAAAAGCACACUCAUUGGUGAUGUUACUCUAAUCAGACCUCAAAACACAUCUGGAUUCAAUAAUACAGCCACCAUCUGGAUAAUAACUGAAUGACUCAACCAGGAGCAGCAUGCAAAAGAGGAGGUCAGGAACAGACAAUGGUCUUAUUUUAUAUGUUUUUAUAUCAUAUAAAGUGCAACGUGUGCAGUUUACCAUGUAUGGCACAGUAUAUUUAUUGACAAAUGGCACACUGGAGACAAAUGGUACAAUUUUAUUUGUGGCUGAACAAUUGUCUUUGGUGCUUUCUACUGAAUAGUAUCCGUGGCAUUAGUGCAUGUAUGGACAAAGCAUCAAGCCUUCCACUGUUCACAUGCCGAAGUCGCUCUCUCAACAGUUUCACAAAGAAAUUUUUGGUGCCAAAGGGACAAGAAACUUAAUAAGGUUUUGAAAAGAGUUUGCACACUUUACCAUGACACACAGUGCAGGAGGAAUUGCCAUCUCGGAUGUGGUUUGUGCAGUCAGAUGUCUUUCUAACCUGUGUUAAUCUUCAAUCCAACUGAAUCGAGAGCGAGAUUCCAGUUUUCAAUAUGUAGCAAAGGUGAAGAUCUGAGCUAGAAAAGUCAGGUGAUAUUUAAGAGCAAGCAAACUGCAAAUAUCAUUAGAGUGAGAACAAACUACUUGCAAAGAUAAUAGAGGAGAGGUGGGCUAUCUCAUUUCUAUUGCAGACUGUCAAGCCAUUUAAUGAUUUUUUUUAAUUCACUCUGCAACAAAAUGUCGUCCACCACAGAUACAUGCUGCAAUCAUCCUGAUAUUAGUACAUAAGUUUGACAAGACCAGUACAUUGCUCUCUUUCUGCCAAUGUAGAGAGAAAGGCCCAGGCUCAGGAAGCCUGUCAAAAGGGAAGAUACAGAAACAUAGGGCAAAUACUAAAAAAUCUGAAAGAGUUCUCGAGUCUAUUUGCUUUGUACAGCUCAUCCAGUUCUUUAUCGGUUUUGUGAUCUUUUGUGUGAGAGCUCUGAAGAAAUGCUGGAAUUUGUGACUGAAUUUACAUGAACUGAAUCCACGAAUGUUCAGAACUAGUUAGAUGCAUUUUUCUUUUCCAGAAGAAUCAAAAACGCAAACAGUGGGGUAGUUAUUAUAACCAGGCCCUGAAAUACAAACAGUGAGGUAGGUAUUAUAGACCAGGCCCGGAAAUACAAACAAUGGGGUAGGUAUUAUAGACCUGGCCCGGAAAUAUAAACAAUGGGGUAGUUACUAUAACCAGGCCCGGAAAUACAAACAAUGGGGUAGGUAUUAUAGACCAGGCCCGGAAAUACAAACAAUGGGGUAGGUAUUAUAGACCUGGCCCGGAAAUAUAAACAAUGGGGUAGUUAUUAUAACCAGGCCCGGAAAUACAAACAGUGAGGUAGGUAUUAUAGACCAGGCCUGGAAAUACAAACAAUGGGGUAGGUAUUAUAGACCAGGCCCGGAAAUACAAACAAUGAGGUAGGUAUUAUAGACCAGGCCUUGAAAUACAAACAAUGGGGUAGGUAUUAUUAUAGAUCAGGCCCGGAAAUACAAACAAUGGGGUAGGUAUUAUAGACCAGGCCCGGAAAUACAAACAAUGGGGUAGGUAUUAUUAUAGACCAGGCCCGGAAAUACAAAUAAUGGGGUAGGUAUUAUAGACCUGGCCCGGAAAUAUAAACAAUGGGGUAGUUAUUAUAACCAGGCCCUGAAAUACAAACAGUGAGGUAGGUAUUAUAGACCAGGCCCGGAAAUACAAACAAUGGGGUAGGUAUUAUAGACCAGGCCCUGAAAUACAAACAAUGGGGUAGGUAUUAUUAUAGACCAGGCCCGGAAAUACAAAUAGUGGGGGAGUUAUAUACACCAGGCCCGGAAAUACAAAUAAUGGGGUAGGUAUUAUAGACCAGACCUGGAAAUACAAACAGUGGGGUCGGUAUUAUAGACCAGGCCCUGAAAUACAAACGGUAGGGUCGAUAUUAUAGACCAGGCCCUGAAAUACAAACAGUGGGGUAGGUAUUAUAGACCAGGCCCUGAAAUACAAACAGAAUCUCUCACACUGAACUUAUAAAUUGCAUCAUGUAACGUUUAGCCUCAAUGCAAGAUGGAUAUGUUCUACAAUGCCAACUUGUCUAAUGCCACUCAGAUGCCAUAAUUUGCAUUAGCCUUGUCUCCAUCCUGCCAUCCCUCAACCCCUGAACCCCCGCCCCCAGCAAGACUCUAUAAGCCACUUAACAUAAAUGGGCCGCACAUACAUGCCUGUGUAAUGUGUACCAUUUGUACAUAAGCAACAGCCGUCUGGGUUUUACAAGAUGUUGCAAGUACCUUUGUCUACAGCUACCACUCACCUAGCCUCAGUGUGAAAGAUGGGUUACUGAGAGCAGUUCUCACAUUGUGCACACAUUUGAACCCAGUUAUUUUGCUGCAGCUGCCUUUAGCUAAAACAUGGCGUUAAAUGUACUUUCAAAAUAAGCUCAGCGCCUUCAUAACAACUUCAUAGACCAGAGUGGGGCCGGGGUUUGAAUUGCAAUUGUACAUUUACUCAGGCAAGCGUGUUUGCUUUUGCUUGGGUCAGUAAGAUGGACACAAACCUCUUGAAACUAUUGUGCUGUGGCUCUUCUGGCUGACAGCAGGAAUAGGCCUUGUUAGAACACGGGAUUCAACGUAAGUAGUCAGGAGUAAGAUUGGAACAGUGUGAAAUUCUAACUGAGCUUUGUGUACAUAAACAAUGAUAAGCAUCAGUGUAAUAUGCAAACCAAAGGGUGAGUUUUGAACGAAAGAAGCUGUAUACCUUUGUUGGCUGUCAUGGUUGAUCACAAAUGGCGCCAAUGAUUUUGUUUCCUGAUGAAUGAUGGGAAACUAUUGACCAUGCUCCAAGAGCUCAGUCAGACCCAUUGGCUUGGCUGUAGUGCAGGGAGCUUCAGUUAGCCAAUCCCUCCCCAAGGUUACCCUCUCCUCUGAACCAAUUCCCCCUGUAAUGGGACAGAUGCAAUUGUGGGAAACAAAUGCAUGCAUCACCUUGAGCAAGCUGACAAGUUGGGGUGGACUGAGACCAUAUAGCCCAAUCCUUUCAAAGUUCAAAAUAGCAGCCCAGAUCAUGCUUUUAUUUCGUAAAUGUUAAUACGGUGGCAUGCCACUCAUUAAGAUGGAGCUUCCAUAACCUGUUAAGUCAUUCAUGUCUUUUGAUAAAA